AUGCCAAUCGACCCCACUAGCCUGAUCUAUAGUGCCUUGACGGCCGUCCUAAACUACUUUGCUGCGUGGGUAUACCUGUUCGCGGGGCCGAGCAUUAUCCAGGGAGGAUUUGAAAAGGCAAAGGGUCAACCAUUUGAGGUCUUCGCACCCGAUAGUAGAUAUGUGUUUGUCUCAUCAGCCAAGCAUAUCAAGGAGGUUGAUAGCGCCCCUGACACGGUGCUUUCCCUCCAUGCCGCAUCUGACCAGGUCAGCCUUUUCUUGCCUUGGUUUGGGGCCAAUGUUGUAGAUAUGUCCAUUUCUGACACCGAGCAGAUGCUCCAAGCUAAAUACACUAUGCAUGGGUUCAAAUGGUUCGAUCACAGGGGAACCAAGGGAAUUGGGUAUGUACGUGCUGUACGCACUCUGUUGACACGCAACCUGCCCCAGAUCCUGCCAGAUCUAAGGGUUCUUCUUCGAAAUCGCUUUACAGAGAUGCGUAAGGAGCAUCCAAUUGUGGAUGGAAACUGCCAGUCCCCGGUGUAUGAGAUGAUUCUCAAAUUGGUGGUCUUAGCCAAUGCAGACUCAAUUUUCAGUUCAGAACUUAGCAAAAAUGAAGCUUUCAUGACAUCGGCGUUGGCAUAUAUCGAAGAGACCAUGAUGAGUGCUGAAAUAAUCCGAUUGAUGCCUCACGUUUUAGCCCCAGUUGUUGGUCGACUGAUUUCUGGACGACUACACUCUCACCAGAUCGUGUUUAACACAUUGCUUCCCAUUGUUGAACAACGGUGCCAGGAGAGAGAGAUGGCAAAGUUGGGCCAUGCGGUCCCGCAACAUAUGGAUUGUAUCCAGUGGAUUCUAGAGAGUUCACCACGGAAGCAACCCUGCUCAGCGGAACAUGUCGUUCAUGAAUUGAUGGCUAUCUGGUUCGGUUCUGUCCACGCAUUGUCGACGACGAUCACCUUUGCCAUUCACGAUCUCUGCCUCCACCCCGAAUAUAUCGAUCCCCUCCGCAACGAGAUCGAAACCCAGUACGAUGAGUUCGAGCGCACGGGCCAGGGUCUCCCCCUGCUCGAUAGUUUUAUUAAAGAGUCAGCUCGCCUGACCCCGGUCGAGUCCAUGAGCACCCGUCGUUAUGUCCUACAACCCUUCAGCCUUUCCAACGGCGCCAAAUUAUCCGUCGGUGAUUGGGUCUGCACCCCUGUCCGUUCCCUGAUGCAACAUCCAGACAAUUACCCCGAGCCCCUCACUUUCAACGGGUUCCGGUUCGUGGAUCCCCAUAUCCUUCCUGGGCGCUUCCACCCUCUCCAACCCAAGCCAUCCAGGCUCACCGAUGUGGAUAAUACCUGGCAUGUGUGGGGGACAAAUCGACUGGCGUGUCCUGGUCGAUUUUACGCUGCAGCAGUCAUAAAGGUACUUCUCAGCCAGAUCAUUCGGGACUAUGAUUGCCAGUUGGUGGAUCCCGAUGCCCGACGCUGGUUUUCUUGGAGGUCCAGCAUGUUACCGAGUAAGACUAGCAUGGUGGUGUUCACCCCACGCUAA